CUAUCCUUCCACACAUCUUGCAACGCCUCUUUUUUCUGCUCUCGCUUCCAAUGUCAAACCUGCAAAUCCACGCCGCUUGAUCCUCGAUCUCUUCUCUUCUCUCAACCCUCUCUGCGUCCUCGCAGAUCGUUCUAAACCCCCCCCAUCGUCCGCCCUAACCGCCCCCCCCUCCAGGCGCUGUACCCUUUUACCAUUCACCUCCAAUUGCCGGUCAUAUUCUAGUUCUAUACUAGGCUGUCCGAUACACGUCGGUUUGCGUAACCGAAAUAUUGCGAAAGCAAUCUCCUCAGUUCAAAGACCUGCCCACAGAUUACAAGCACAGCAAACUCUGCCGACAAAGAAGACCUGGGACGAACUGCCUGAGCAGAAGCCCUCCUCCUUCGGUCCUCAAUUCUGAACCUAUACCGACCUGAUCUACGCCACUUAGCUACAGUGUAUAGCAUAUCUCCCACCCCAGGCAAACCUCCUCAAUAUCAAGGAAACUCGAUCAAAAGGCUCAUGAAGUGCCACUCAUGACGACCGUUCUACAGGCACCUCUUCCUGGAGCCUCGCAUUUCUCGUCGAGUCCCAUACACUCUAGCUCUUAUCCUGAUCUAUCCUCUCUAGACACUUCAAUAUCUUGCGGUCAACUCCAGUCCCAAACCUCCCCCUACUCUCGCCACGACUAUGACAAGGUUUAUCCUGACUCCGGCCCCUCGACCGCGCCCUCUUCCCCUCAAUUGACCUAUUCCUCGCGACGGGAUUCUAAUGCCUCCACACCGGCUAGUUGCUUGUCCCUGGAUCACAGGGACCUGAUGGACGAAGAUGACGAUAUGGCAUUCCCUGCCUUUGGGGCCUCUGACUUGGCCAGCAAACCAAGCCAGGACGCUCGGGUCUCGGCCGACCAACAUGAUGAUAUGACAACCCAGAUACCGAGUCCUCCUACGGACGACACCUCCCUCGCGGGGAGGAAGACGCAGGACGACCAAUCAAUAGAAGUGGAACCUACGAGACACGUUGACUACCUCUCUCAUGAAUGGAAAGAGGAAGAGAUCUGGAGGUCGUGGAGCUACGUGGUUCACAGGCGAGGCAGUCUUACCAACGGCACUCGGCUGGAGAAUGCUUCUUGGAGAUCGUGGAUGAAGGCCAAAAAUCACCUCAAAACAGUUUCGCCAGAGACUCUCAAUUGGCUGAAGGAUUGUGACGUGACUUGGCUGUACGGUCCGCUGCAGACGCACGGCAGUGUCUCUCAAUCCAUGACCAACACAUCUCCUCCCCCCAGCAGAUUAUCUCAUUCAUCUUCCUUUGUCUCGAAAAAGCCCAUCCUCAAAAAGAAAUCGGCUUCGGCAGUCAUCUUGGAACGAUCCAGAUCACAGCAUUCCCUAUUACAGAGAGCGGGAGAUAUCAUCCGGAUACAGCAGUCCAGCCCAGCCAGCGGACGCCCGAUCCUGAGACGAGGCAAUUCCGAAUUUGUUCUCCCACGAUACGACAGUUCGGUGGUCAACACCCCUGCCGAAAAUGAGACGCCUGGUUUCAGUGGACCGCGAUCUUCUUUCGCUUUUGACGUACCGACCCCGUCAGAGUGUAAGCACGUCUUAUUCGACGAAGAGGUCAGGCAAGUGCAGGCUAUUGAUUCGGAAGAUGAUGACAAACCCGACGAAGAAGACGUAAUACUCGAGGAUGACGAGGACGAUGAUUGUGGCUUAAUGAUGGCCCCGGCUCAACGAUCGGGACGGGGCAGCGGUCGAACAACACCCCGUGGCAGUUUCAGCAACGAUUCGAAGACCAUUGUGCCGCUGCCAUCCACUACGUUGAAAUACAGGACUGAUACACCCGAACCUCAUGAGAUACCUAAACCUCCGAAUGGAUUUUGGCCCAAUGGACGAAAGCUAUCACCCUCACCAUCACAGGAGACCUUGCGGCCUCCUAGGCCAAACCAGAAUUUCCUUAUUGACGACGAUCCGGAAGUGGUGGAUGAGCCGUGGCAACCUCAGUCUUCCUUUGGGGACGAACGGUCCCCUUACGACGAAGAGGAUGACGACAACGAUGGCCACCCUAUGAUGAGACGCACCGAAUCUGGUAUGUUUAUGCCAUACGACGAAAACGAGGACGAGGUGGCCAUGAACAACACGCUUUUCGGCCAGGCCAUGUAUGCCGUGAAUACUUUCAGAGAUAUUGCCCAUGUGGUAUGGAAUGUGGGCUGGAACCGAAGAUAAAAAGCUACGCGACCAAAUUUGGGUGGGAAAAUUUUCUACGAUGUUUUGUCCAGCAGCAUAGCGCGGCGUUUUUGGGAAUUUUACAACCUUACGACCUAAUGACGGUACCAGGCUGGGGCGCAAACCGAGUCCUCCAUGACGAGGUUUACAGGACCACACCUUGGCCGGAAAUUGAAUAUGGAAUCUAGGAAUGCUCUACAUCAGAGUCAGAUGACUGCAGCAAUCUGGGGAGAUACGCGCAGCCUUGUAUAUAUGAAAGACGGUUUGGGUCGGGGACUUUGGAUCGGACGAACUCGGACAAGGCUGGGGAAGUGAGAUCGGAUUCUGGCGAAACAUAUAGACGGUUAGCGGUAUCAAUAGAAGAGAAGGUGGAAACCUACGAGGACAUGAGCAGGUUGUGGAGAGAGACGAGGUCGGGAGAAACCGCAGGCUGAGGUGGCGCAUGUGAAGACGGGAUGCUCGCGUGCGCAAUUGCGCAGUGCUCACCGAACAACACCACUGGUGGUGAUGGAAGAUGCUCGGGCCUCGGUUUCCCCAGGACGAUCACGCCCGUCAACAUGCUUCUACAUAGCACAGUACACAGUACAGGGGGAAAUGAGGGAUAGCCGUAUCGCCAUUCCACUUGAUAGCACGAACAAAUAAACGCAUGACGUGCCCGAGAGGAGUUGUAUCAAAUGGAAUGUCACACCCC